AUGGGGGUCGAACUGUAUAGUACACAGCGGGUAAUCGAGUUACGUUACAUACCAUCCGCUGAGUCCGGAGUCGACCCCAGAACUCCGAAGUCAGCCAUUCGUUUGGGCGGCGUGAAACGACCACGCAACGCCGUGCUCGAGGAUGCUAUCGAGACAUCCUCUGGUCUUGGCCAAUCAGACAUUCCUCUCGUCGGCCAGUUCGCCUUAGUUGCUGAUCUCAGUGCUCGUGUCAACUUUUUUGUUGCCCUGAAGCUCUCACUCCCCUCUUGGCAGCGAUACGGCAUCCCACUACUGUGUACGCUCUGCCAUUUUCAAGCGCAUCAGAUCACGAUGGGUGACGAGGAGCCCCGUGCGAAGCGCUCUCGCUUCGACCAGACCGAGCCUGAGCCUCGUCGCCAGUCGAGGUUCGAUCGCCGCUCACGAUCGCCGUCAUCUCGUCAGUCCGAUUCCACUCGCCAAAGGAGCCCAUUGAGUCGGGAACCUCGCAGUCCAGGUAAAGAAGAGGAGAAGCGAGACGAGAAGCGAGACGAGAAGCCGCGUGAUCCGGCCGCAGCGGCAGCGGCCGCCGCAGCCAAAAUCAAUGCGCAGCUGCAGGCAAAGAAGGGAAUCCAGCAUGUGGACGUGCCCCCGAUCCGUUCUACCUCGAGCCCCGCUGUCAAACCCAUAUCCUCUGCAAGCCAUACCACCACUAAGCUCGACGAUGGGGUCUACAUCGCGGACGGAGAUUACAUCAAGGACAUCGAAGUGAACGAUCUGCGCAACCGUUACCUUCUCACCAAGGGUUCCACGCAGAAGAUGAUCAAAGAAGAAACUGGCGCUGAUUGUCAAGAUGUCACGACCCGCGGAAGCUAUUACCCGGACAAAUCUCUGGCCACUCCAUCGAACCCGCCACUUUACCUUCAUGUUACCAGUACGACCAGAGAGGGUCUCGAUAAGGCAGUUGCUCGCAUCGAGGAGCUCAUGAAGCAGGAACUUCCCAACCUCGUCGAUGAACGCAGAUUCCGUCGUCAACGCGAGCAUGAUGGCGAACGGGAUGAAUUUGGUCGUCGCAAAUGGCCCGAAGAGCGUAUCCCCAUUGACCUGGAGCCGAUCCCAGGCUUCAAUCUUCGAGCUCAGGUCGUAGGCCAGGGCGGUGCCUACGUCAAGCAUAUUCAGCACAAGACCGGCUGCAAGGUCCAAAUCAAAGGUCGUGGAUCGGGUUUCAGAGAGAUCGGCACGGACAGAGAAAGUGAUGAGCCGAUGUACUUGCAUGUCGCCGGCCCCAACCCACAGGACGUUCAAGCUGCAAAGGAGCUCUGCGAGGACCUUCUGGCGAACGUGAGGGAGCAGUAUCAACGGUUCAAAGAGAAUCAGCAGCACCAUGGUUAUGGCGGCUAUGGCCGCGAUCGUCACUAUGGUGGUUACGGCUAUGGUAACUAUCCUCACCAACAACAGCAGCAUCCACAUCAGAAUCAGCAGUCACCACCUCCGACGUCGACGAGUCCUUCGAACCAAGGAGCACCUGGUGUUUCGGGGGCUCCAGGAGCAGCCAGUGCGGCCGACUACAGCGCCCAAUAUGCGCAAUACUACGGCUCCGAUCCAUAUGCUGCCUAUGGAGGCUACCAGAACUACUUGGCCUAUUAUCAGUACUACCAGCAGGCGGCCCAGCAACAGCAGCAACAACAACAGCAGCAACAGCAACCUCAGCCGCCAUCGCAAUCGCAAACUUCGGCACCACCACCUCCUCCGCCUCCAUCUAGCGAAGCACCGCCGCCUCCCCCGCCUCCUGGAGCUGGAUCACCUCCGCCACCUCCGCCAGGCACUACCAGCUACAACGCUGUGCCACCACCUCCUGGCCUGUAG